AUGUCUGAAAUUAAAAAACUAAUUGAAAGAAACCAAAAUUGGUCUAAGACUAAAAGUUCAAAAUUUUUUGAAGAUCUCACUAAUGUUCAAGAGCCAAAGUUUAUUUGGAUUGGUUGUUCUGACAGCAGAUGUUCUCCAGAGAUAACAACACAAUCAGAUCUUGGUGUGAUCUUUGUUCUUCGAAAUAUCGCUAAUCAGUUCAAGACUACUGAUUUAAGUGCAUUAUCAGUAUUAGAAUACGCAGUAGAACAUCUUAAAGUAAAACAUAUAAUCGUUUGUGGACAUUAUGAGUGUGGUGGUGUUGGUCAUGUUAUAGAUUCUUUAUAUAAUAAUAAGCACGGCCACGUUGAUAAUAUUGAUAAUUGGUUAAAAGACAUCAAGGAGGUUUACUUAUGUCAUUCUAGUCAAUUUGAUAAACUCGACAAAGAUGAGAAGAAGAAAUUAUUGGUUGAACUUAACAUUACGAAACAGGUUAUCGUAUAUGGUCUAGUUUAUAACAUGAAAGAAGGCAUGCUUAAAAUUCUUAAUGCAACUAUUGGUGAUGCAAAACCUUAUUCUAGAAAAAAAUUUAAUUAUCCAUGGGGAGUAAAUGAGGACAUGAAAACACCUGCAUUGACCAUUAGAUCAAUAAGGAAACUUAGAGAUGAUGAGCAUGGGAUGGUUGAUUAUAAAGAGAACGCACCCUAUGAAGUAGAAGUGAAUGAGGAAAUUGAGGAUGGAAAUAAUAUCUCUCAUUCAAUUUGGCUUUUUGCUAAUGCAGACUAUGAUACUGUCAGACCUCCUAGUUUCAAUUCAGAUGCCCCUAUUAUAUAUUACAUUCUUAGUAAUUUAAGAAAACAAGUUGAAAUACCUUUACUAAACAAAUGCUCUGUAAAUGGACGCACAAUUUACUCAGUAAGAGGUACUCAAGAUGUUCUGAGCAAU